GGGUGCACAGUUCCACCCCAUGGCCGUCCGUAGGUGAUCCAGCUCCGCCAGUCUCCAGCAGGUGUCCAACAUGGCGAGCACGGCAAGCGGAUCUCUCGCUCUUCCUUUCGGUCUUGUUUUGAUUUCAGCGGCUUUUCUCCUCCAAGGAGCUGCUGAAACCAUCACAGUGGAAGGUCAGAACCUGGCAACCGACAACGUGUCAGUGGUGGAGGGCGAGAUGGCCACCAUAAGCUGCAGGGUGAAGAAUAACGACGACUCGGUCAUCCAGCUGCUCAACCCCAACAGGCAGACCAUCUACUUCAAGGAUGUCAGACCCCUGAAGGACAGUCGGUUCCAGCUGGUCAAUUUCUCUGACAACGAACUGCGGGUGUCUCUGUCCAAUGUGUCACUCUCCGACGAGGGACGCUACGUGUGCCAGCUCUACACCGACCCCCCUCAGGAGGCCUACGCAGACAUCACCGUCCUGGUGCCGCCAGGAAGCCCAAUCAUCGAGAGCCGCGAGGACGUGGUCAGCGAGGGCAACGAGACGGAGCUCACCUGUACGGCUAUGGGCAGCAAGCCGGCGGCCUCCAUCAGAUGGAUGAAAGGAGAGGUAGAACUGAUAGGAGAAACAACAGUGGAAGAAACGUAUGACAGGAUGUUUACCGUCACCAGCCGGGUACGAUUCCCUGUCAGUAAAGAGGAUGACGGCGUGCCGGUGGACUGCAUCGUUGACCAUCCGGCUGCCAAUGACCUGCUGGCACAACGGAGCUUAGAAGUGCUAUAUAAACCAGAAGUGAAGAUUGUGGUGACGUAUCCUGAAGGAUUAACUCGAGAGGGAGACAAUCUUGACCUGACGUGUAUCGCAGAAGGAAAACCACAUCCUCAUCAGAUCAGUUGGCUGAGGGUGGACGAGGACGUGCCGCCUCAUGCCGUGGUCACGGGCGCGGACCUUUACAUCGAGAACCUCAAUAAGUCCUUCAACGGCACGUAUCGCUGCGUGGCCUCCAAUGCUGUGGGCGAGGCCUACGGUGACUACAUGCUCUAUGUUUAUGAUGCUCCCACUACUAUCCCCACACCCACCACCAAUCCAGGCAACACGCAAGACUCCAGAGCCGGCGAGGGGGCGCCACCCAAGAUUGACCACGCUGUGAUCGGCGGGGUGGUUGCGGUAGUGAUGUUCGCCAUCCUCUGUGCGCUCAUUGUUCUUGGUCGAUACUUUGCCAGACACAAAGGCACAUACUUCACGCACGAAGCCAAAGGGGCGGACGACGCCGCCGAUGCCGACACGGCCAUCAUCAACGCUGAGGGCGGACACAACAACACAGACGAGAAAAAGGAGUAUUACAUCUAAAAGAAAAAGAUGGAGGAGGGUGGUGGUGCUACGGCGGGGGGGGUUAUGGGGGGAGUUGGGAGUAGGACCGGCAUGGCCAUAGUUAAGAAGAGGCCGAGUGUCCAAUGGAAACCCUUUCAGGACUGUUGGGGCCUACAGUAUAUAUUAUGUACAGUUUCUUCUUUUACAGACAAUUUUGUGCCUUGUUCUAUUUCUUUUGCCCCCUCCCCAACCUGACCCCUCCCCACAUGCUUGUUGCUUUUUACCAUGGACUAUUUGGACAAGCUGAAAGAGUGGCUGUGUGUGUGUGUGUGUGUGUGUGUGUGUGUGCCAGCUUUUAGGUUGAGUGUCAUUGUGCACAAAUAGAAAGCUCAUCCAAUUUUUUUUUUUUUUUUGCGAGUAGCAACUUGGACACGGUGUCAACACGUUCAUGUCUAAUGGGAACAAGACCGACUUCAUCACGCAUCCCCCUCACACGUUUACAGCCACUUUAUUAGGAACACCAUAUCCUCGCCGCAUGAAGGUCGUCAGCCUCCAAUGUCUGUGGAGAAGAGAUACACACAUACAAUACAUACUGUCUAUGGCUUUUGUCACCUGAUUAUUAUCAUUUUGGUCAUUUCUAGCAUGGGGGGGAGCAAACGGAUGAGACCCAUGGUAGCGUAUGUGUAUGAAUUCUGGAUGAAAAUAUGAAAUGAAUACUGAAAAUAACAAAUAAUCUAAUACAGAAAUUCCCAGCUGGAACGGGGACGUGCCGACACACAGCUGCAGAUAUCCGCUAGAGAAGAACGCAGCAAUUAAGUUCGGUGUCUUAAAAUAUCAGAUAUUUGAGGAGUCGCCGCUCGUCAUGAACGAGUUUGACGCCCCUGCUUUAGAGGAAUGUUGCAAACAUCUCGGUGAAUCGGUGCCAUGCCGACCCAAGGUGUGCCUAAUAAAGUGGCCGGCGAGUCAGUUGUUUCCUUUCAUUCAGUGGCCUGUACAGAUCCGAAGAACGCGGUUUAAUUUUGGUAGCUAUGAUGUUGUUUUAGUAAACGUGUAAAGUGACGCCUCUGUGAUGCGCCUUGAGUACGAAUGUUACGUAUCGAUAGUCGGUAGCUGGUGGAGUCGGACGUGAUGGAACAAUCAUGUGCGAAUGCUACGCUAGUAACGUGCCCUAAGUUAACACGUGGUCCAAAACGACUCAACAUUCCAGUCUUUUUGCUUUCUCCUUAUUCUCCGUCAGUCUUUCCAGCGGUCCCAAAGUGCCAUCAUUCAUCAUAUGCGCCACCAAUGGGGGGAGGGGGGGGCUCUUUGGGGUAACAUAACUCGUGUGAUUUACAAGUGGUGGUCUUCUUCCUCAUUCUUCGUGGAAUUAUUAUUACCCAAGAGCAAAAAGUCAAAUUUAAAAGUCUAACAGUUGAAAAGUCGUAAUAUUAUUCAAAACAAAAUAACAUCAAAUUAGGUUGGGCAAAAAAGUUAUAACGUUAUGGAUAUAUAGUCUUGGGGGGCGGUGUGGCUCCCAACUUGAAGGUUGUGGGUUCAAUCCUCUGUCCUGCUGUCGAAGUAUCCUUGGGCAAGAUACUGGACCCCUAAUUGCUUGUCGUCAGUCGGUAAAUGUAAACAGUGUCAAAGCGCUUUGAGCACCUUGGAGGUCGAAAAGCGCUAUACAAGUGGAAGACCAUUUACCAUUAGUCAAAAUAUUAUGAGAGUAAAGUCAUAAUAUCAUAAACAGAUCAUUUGUCACUUAGGAAGAAAGUUGAAAUAUUCGGAAAAUGUCAAAAACUUUUGAAAAAAUGCUAAAAGGUGAAACACCGCCCAUUCCACGUCUACCCAAUAUGAUAAUUGGGCUUGUGUCCAACAAAAGGUCCACUUUGGACGCUGGCCUUGAACGUGUAUGCAUGAAUGUAUGAAGCAUUGCUUCAUUUUCCAAAGCUCCAUGUUUGACAUGACAAUGGGACAUUCAAGGAAGGGGAGGCAGUUAUGAAAUAUAAUAUAUCAUAUCGAAUGCAUUUCUUGGCUCAGCUCCACUUUACGAACCGGUCCGCUCGGUGAAAAUGUGAACCUCUUGACACGUUACAUUUAGGUCGGUCUUUGAUUGGGCUUGAAUGGCUGACUGCACCAUCAAGUUGUCAACCCGUUUCAAAAUAAAUGAAAAAAUCACGUUCUUACUGGCAUCCGCAAAGCUUCACCGAAGCGCUGUGGGCUGGAGAGCAUGAGUGCCCUGCUAGUUGUUGGCUAGUUGUGACGUUACUGAAAUCCAUAAGAGAUAACCACUGCCUUAAUGCCACCUCCUGAUACGUAUCACUAGAAGGAAGGACGUCUGUAGUGCCUUCUUUCAUUUCGAGGCAUACGCUUGGUUGUACACUAUUCCUUAUGUACACUUUCAAGUAUAUCUUGUAUAUUUGUGUCCUCUUUCUAAACCCCCCACGGUCGCACCAUGAAACCUUGCAUUCGUGUCGCCGCCUGCGGUGAUGUUGUACAAAAGCUUGGAUGAGCAGAGACGUUGUAUUUAUUAUGUCAUCACUCGGUGAUUUCAAAUGUUCAUUUGAACAGCGUUUGUCAUUCUUUUGGACAUCGGGGAUAACAAGCCUGGGGUGGGGGGGACAGUGGAUACAGGAAGUCACCAUUUGGAUAUUUUUCAGAUUUUGUUAUGAUUGUUUUUCAUAUUUCUUAACUUUUUUCACCAUAAUUAGUUUUUUCCGAAUGAAUCACAAGUGUUAUUUCCGAUGUAUCACCGAUGUCGCAUCAGUUGUUCCAAUCAUUUGGGCUCCAGCUAUCUCGCCACCCGGAACUCGGUAAGCCAGAGGUGUCCAAAGUGCUGCCCGUGCCACAUUCUAAAAAUAUCAUUUAACUAGAAAACAUAAAAACUGGGGUAAAGGCCGUGAUUUUACAAGUAAGAAGUUGUCAUUUUCGCUAAAUCGUCUUCAUGUUUUCAAAAGUCUACCAUGAUGAGGUGCUGCUGUAGUUGCUCUCCACGGAGUCAUAAGAAGACAAAUAACAUAAUUUGAGUGGCAUAGAGUUGAAAUAUUGAAGAUUUUGUUCAUUUAUAAGAUGUUCAUAUAAGAUGCAAACAAAACAAAGAAAAAGGGGUUUGGAAAAUUAGGAUGUUCUAAUAUUAUGACAAUAAAGUCAAAAUAUUACGGGAAUAACGUCCUACUUCCAAAGCCAGAUGAAAUAGUUGGAAGAUUAACAAAACUGAAAACAUAUGGAUACAUUUAGAAGAAUGACUUUGUAAUAUUACAAGGGAAAUAAUGUUAUUUUAGCAGCACAGUUGAAAUAAAUAAUCGUAAUGUGAUGAGAAUCAAAUGAGACAAAACCAAUGGAGGGAAAUUAGGGUGAAGAAAAGAAAAGCCAAAAUAUCAAGAAAAUGUACAAAGAUUAUUUAAGAAGAAAUAUCACCUUUAUCACAGAGCUGAGAGGCAAAGGUUUUGAACUCUUAUGCAUAUUUUAAGAUAUGAAGGUGGUCCUUGCAUCCUUUCAUUUCUUCGCGUGGACCCCCCUACCCCGGGGUGAGAUCUUACCUUCCUGUAUCAAACAAUCCAAUUUGAAUACGAAGGCCUUCUUUCUCUAUCCACUGUCAACGCUACAAUUCCGUUUAAGUCCUUUUUCCUGGUUUUGGGACUUUGGUGUCUUGUUUUGUCCUCCCUUUCUUCUUUUUUUAAAAGAUGACUUUGCCGUUGAAGAAGGGAGCACGGCACCACCGCAUCGCUCCAAUCCAAUGUGUCUUUUUUUUUUUAACUUGAUGUUUAUUAUUAGUACAUUUGUGUUGACUCUCUCAGGUUCAUGAGUGUUAAUAGUUGUGUUUUUUGCAUCUCAGGUAGAAUGCAAAUGUAAACGGCCCUGAGUAUAUACUGUACUUGUAGUACUGCAGCUAUUCAAACCCGAUGUACAUGUAUUUCUCAGCUGUAUGUGUUCUUGAUUAAUAUGGUGCACUGUCACAGUAAGUAUGAUUUACAUAGACCUAGGUCACAAAGAAAGACAAACACCACGUGUACAGUCAGUGUUGAUUAAAGUUCCUCCUUCUGCUCACCCGCUAA